UGAUUUAAGGCGACUGCGCAGAGCUGCAGCACCAACCAGCCACCAUGGUCAAGACAAGAGCACCCCAACUCACAAUGUCCACUGUCAAGAGAGGAGUUAUGUUGUCAACGUGAGCCAAUUUUUGUAAACGCAAACUGUAUGAUCAACCUGGACUCUCUGGGACGAUUUUCAGCUCCUGGCCUGAAAGGCAGUUGCGUUGCGCGUGAUAGCCAAACAUUAAUCAACCGAGAACAUUUGCAUUCUUGUUUUGUUCGUAGAAAACCCCACAUGAUGAAAUUCAAGCCCAAUCAGACAAGGACAUAUGACGGAGAGGGAUUCAAAAAACGGGCAGCGUGUCUUUGUUUUAAGAACGACCUGGAGGAAGAGGUCUUGCUUGUUAGCAGCAGUCGGCACCCAGAUCAAUGGAUCGUUCCCGGAGGUGGGAUGGAGCCGGAAGAGGAGCCUGGAGGAGCUGCGGUUCGAGAAGUCUAUGAGGAGGCUGGUGUGAGGGGCACUCUUGGCAGGUUACUGGGGGUGUUUGAGAACCAGGACAGCAAACAUCGGACCUAUGUGUAUGUGCUUACUGUAACAGAGACACUGGAAGACUGGGAGGACUCAGUCAAUAUAGGUCGUAAGCGAAAAUGGUUCAGAAUUGAUGAGGCAAUCCGGGUGCUACAGUGCCAUAAACCUGUCCACGCAGAGUAUCUCCGCAAGCUAACUCCUCACUGCAGUCCCACAAAUGGGAACACCCAGGAGCUAGUAAACGCAGAUGACAACGCCCCCCUCCACCAAACAGCUUCACAGGACUGUGGACUGGCCCGUUUACAAAGAUAGAACUGUCAACAGAGGGCACCAAUGCAGAACGUGCUUUACCAGGGAAACUAUCCUUGGACUGGAAAGGACAAUUUUGCAUGUAGAAUGUUUCAAUGUUUUCUAUUUGAAACCUUUUUAAAAAAAGAAAGGCUAGCUGUGAAAUACCUAAAACAUCCAGAUCAGUAAAGAGUGCUGCUUUCCCUUUUUUUAUUUGUAACAAAUAAUUUCAAGCCAAAAAAAGGUAAAGUUAUUUGAAGGAAUUUGUUUAAAGCGCAGAUUAAAGGAUAAAGUUGCUAUGGUGGAUGUUUUGGAAAUCAUUUGACCGAGGGCUUUGGUAGAUGGAAGACUGUAAUGAUGGACAUAUACAAUUAUUAUGCCAAGUUUUGAUUAAGCAGUGGAGAAAUAUUUUGGACAUUGAUUAGAAAGUAUUAUUGCGAUCUUUCGAAAUGCUGACUUUAUAUAUUUAAAAGAUAACUUGGCAUGUCUGUUAAGUAUAUGUUUAAUGAAACCAAGAAAGAAAAAAAUUCUCAUUUACUUAAGACAUAUAAACAUCAUUAAUUAUACAGUAUGUAAAUGUUUCUAAAAGAUGAUUUUGGGUGCUGCUAAUUUACAUAUAGAUGCCUUCAUCGCAAAUAUCUACCUUUUUAAUAUACAGUAUCUCACAAAAGUGAGUACACCCCUAACAUUUUUGUAAAUAUUUAAUUAUAUCUUUUCAUGUGACAACACUGAAGAAAUGACAUUUUGUUAUAACUUCACACACAGCCAUUUUAAUGUCUAAACCGCUGGCAACAAAAGGGAGUCCACCCCUAAGUGAAAAUGUCAAAAUUUGGCCCAAAGUGUCAAUAGUUUGUGUGGCCACCAUUAUUGUCCAGCACUGCUUUAACCCUCUUGGGCAUGGAGUUCACCAGAGCUUCACAGGUUGCCACUGGAGUCCUCUUCCACUCCUCCAUGACGACAAUCAUGGAGCUGGUGGAUAUUAGAGACCUUGUGCUCUUCCACCUUCCAUUUGAGGAUGCCCCACAGAUGCUCAAUAGGGUUUAGGUCUGGAGACAUGCUUGGCCAGUCCAUCACCUUCACCCUCAGCUUCUUUACCAAGGCAGUGGUCGUCUUGGAGGUGUGUUUGGGGUCGUUAUCAUGCUGGAAUACUGCCCUGCGGCCCAGUCUCCGAAGGGAGAGAUCAUGCUCUGCUUCAGUAUGUCACAGUACAUGUUGGCUUUCAUGGUUCCCUCAAUGAACUGUAGCUCCCCAGUACCGGCAGCACUUAUGCAGCCCCAGACCAUGACACUCCCAAUACCAUGCUUGACUGUAGGCCAGGCACACUUGUCUUUGUACUAGGGCUGCACAAUACAUUGUUUCAGCAUCGACAUCGAGAUGUGCGCCUCCGCAAUUGUCGCAUCGCAGAAUGUGCGAUGUAGUAAGAUAAACAUAUAGUCUACAAUAUUUUUUUUCCGAUUGGAAAAGUGGCAUUAUAUCUGUCUGAUAUCAUGUAAUUUACUCAGAUUUAUGGGUUCAUAGAUACACAGACUUUAUUAUAAUUUAAACAAAGUUAAUUGCUGCACAUUGUUCACGUGCAGGCUCUGCUUGCACUUGAUGAAAUGAUGAGUGAGGAUCAGUCAAAAAGAAAUGGAGGAUUUGGUUGCAAAAUAAACCCCCCCAAAGGGUUUAAAUUAAAAGAUAUUUAUGGUUUACAUUUCUUAAAAAAAAAAAAAAAAAUUAAUUAAUUUGUAAUGUAAUAAAAUGUUACAUUACUUAUUUUAUCAUUCACAUUAAUGCCCUAUUGUGGUAAUGAAACUUCCUUAGUGUAAUGCUCUGUUUUAACCUGGUUGGAGUUCAGAGAUAAAGCCUCCUGUAAUCUCCUGGAUCUCUUCUAGACACCACUCUUCAUUCACAAAUGAGCCCCUUUAUUUUAGGGUAAGCAACAUGCAUUAUUAAUAUCAUAACAUGUUAGAUCAUUGACUUUAGGGUGAAUUGAUAUAGUAUUACAUGAAUACAAUUUAACCAUGGUGAAUUAAACAGUGUAUUAAUUAUUAUAAUAAAAUAUACUACCCAAAAUAAGUCAAAAGAAAUUCAGUUUCUUUUUUAAUUACAAUUUUCCAUGAAGAUGCAAUUCCCUACAAAAUCACCCCAAUCAUUCUAGAAUAAUUCGUCAUCUGGCGAAGUCAUCCUGUAUUAUUUCAUAUCGCAAUAUAUAUAGCAGAAAAACAAAAUAUUGCAAUGUCAAUUUUUUCCAAUAUCGUGCAGCCCUACUUUGUACUCCUCACCUGGUUUCCGCCACACACGCUUGACACCAUCUGAACCAAAUAAGUUUAUCUUGGUCUCAUCAGACCACAGGACAUGGUUCCAUUAAUCCAUGUCCUUAGUCUGCUUGUCUUCAGCAAACUGUUUGCGGGCUUUCUUGUGCAUCAUCUAUAGAAAAGGCUUCCUUCUGGGACGACAGCCAUGCAGACCAAAUUGAUGCAGUGCGGCGUAUGGUCUGAGCACUGACAGACUGACCCCCCCACCCCUUCAACCUCUGCAGCAAUGCUGGCAGCACUCAUACGUCUAUUUCCCAAAGAGAACCUCUGGAUAUGACGCUGAGCAUGUGCACUCAACUUCUUUGGUAGACCAUGGCGAGGCCUGUUCUGAGUGGAACCUCUCCUGUUAUACCGCUGUAUGGUCAUGGCCACCGUACUGCAGCUCAGUGUCUUGGCAAUCUUCUUAUAGCCUAGGACAUCUUUAUGUAGAGCAAAGUUCUUUGCCAUGAGGUGCCAUGUUGAACUUCCAGUGACCAGUAUGAGGCAGUGUGAGGGCGAUGACAUCAAAUUUAACACACCUGCUCCCCAUUCACACCUGAGACCGUGUAACACUAACGAGUCGCAUGACACCGGGCAGGGAAAAUGGCUAAUUGGACCCAAUUUGGACAUUUUCACUUAGGAGUGUACUCACUUUUGUUGCCAGCGGUUUAGACAUUAAUAGCUGUGUGUUGAGUUAUUUUAAGGGGACAGCAAAUUUACACUUAUACAAGCUGUACACUCAAUACUUUACAUUGUGGCAAAGUGAAUUUCUUCAGUGUUGUCACAUGAAAAGAUAUAAUCAAAUAUUUACAAAAAUGUGAGGGGUGUACUCACUUAUGUGAGAUACUGUAGGUUUAACAUGCUGUGAAAUUUUAAGGUCUUUUCACAGUUUGGUCCAAAAUAUGAACUUGCCUUGUGGAACAGUGCAAUCUAAUGAACCCUCUUAAUCUUUGCACUGAAAGGUUUCAUUUGCCCACCAAAAUUGCAGUUUUUAUUGUCCAUAAAGAGAUAUUCUAAAUAUUUUACAAAAUGAAAAUGCAAAACUCUGUGUUUCUUUCUGUAAGAUUGUUUUUUAUUUAAAUGGCAACAGAAAUGCAAUUGUACAUAUAAUUAUGAGAAGAUUUUAUACAACCAGAAAGCAAUUUUGAGGUUGUAAUCUUAGCAGAAAUAGCUGAGGAGGUAUUUUAAAAGUAAACAUUUGUUGUCCUCUGUUUUUUUGUUGUUGUUUUUUUUAAGUCAGUGAACAGUUUGUGGAAUUCACUGAAACAGAGUGGGAUAUGAGGCCAAACCAUUUUAAUAAGACUGUGGAUGGUAAAUGAGCAUGCUUGUAUCUUUCCUCAGAGGAAAGAUUGCAUGUCAGGUUGUAAAUAUGUUUUAAUAUUGAUACAUUUCAGCUUCAGCCUACGUAGUAGUUUAUUUAAUAUUAUGAGUCUGACAUGAGUUUGUUAUAGACAAAGCUAAAGGAUUGCACUCCUAAGAAAUGCAAGCAACUCAGCUCUUAAAUUGUUUAUUUACAAGGUUCAAUGAAACACUGUUUAAUAUGUGAAAUAUUGUGUUAAAAUUGUGAUCUGAAAGAAAUUAAAAUUUGUAUUAUUAUUAUUUCUGUCCACUUUGAGAAAAUCAGAAAAACAAUUUCUUUUGGAAUAAACUCCUCACUAUGUUUCAAAUUCAGGAUGAUCUCAGUAUGUCUUGGUGCUGUUUGUAGUUAUGAGUGUAAUGGCACACUGAUGGACCUAAGGUAAACUAAAUUUUACCAUGCAGCCAGUUGGGCAUUAUUCAUUAAGUCUGCGGUUAAGGCUGCUUAUUGAUAAAAAAAAAAUUAAAACGAGAUUUGAUUGAAGGUCUAA